AUGGAGGAAGUGAAGCGGCUACACGCGCGCUUGCUCCGCCGCGGCGAGCGCCGCCUGCAGCCGCUCCUCCUCCGCGUCCUCGCCGCCGGCGACCUCCGCUACGCCGCGCUCCUCCUCGCCUCCUCGCCCCCCUCCGCCACUCUCCACGACCGCCUCCUCCAGGCGCUCGCCGCCUCGCGCAGCCCGCUCCUCCUCCGCUCCUUCUCCCGCGCGCACCGCCUCCGCCUGCUCACCCCUCUCUCCUUCACCUUCCUCCUCUCCUCCGCCCCCUCCUCCGCGCCCUUCGCGCUCUCCGCCCACGCCCUGCUGCUCAAGUCCGGCCACCUCGCGCCCGGCGACCCCUUCCUCGGCUCCGCGCUCGUCUCCUUCUACGCCAGGAACCGCCUCCUGCGCGACGCCAGGCGGGUGUUCGACGAAAUGCCGCGCAGGGACACCGCCGUGAGCAACGCGCUGCUCUCGGCCUACGCCAGGGCCGGCCUCCUCGACGCCGCGGAGAAGCUGUUCGGGGAAAUGCCGGACCGGAACGUGGUCUCGUGGACCGCCAUGGUGUCCGGGUACGCGCAGAACGGGCGGCACGAGGAGGCGGUGGGGGCGUUCCUGAAGAUGUGGGAGGGGGCAGGGGUGCAGCCGAAUGAGCUUACGGUGAGCAGCGUGCUGCCCGCGUGCGCGGCUGUUGGGGCCAUGGAGCUUGGGAGGAAGGUGGAGGAGUAUGCGAGGGGCAAAGGCCACCUGAGGAAUGUGUAUGUGGCCAAUGCACUGCUGGAGAUGUAUGCCAAGUGUGGCAGCAUCCAAAGAGCUUGGCAGGUGUUUCAGGGGAUCCGUCGUCGGCGAGAUCUCUGUUCUUGGAACUCAAUGAUCAUGGCAUUCGCCUUGCAUGGCUCGUGGAGGGAAGCACUUGCCUUGUUCCAUAAGUUGCGGAUGACAGGGGUCAAACCAGAUGGUAUCACAUUUGUUGGAGUCAUUUUGGCUUGCACUCAUGGAGGUUUGGUGGAUGAAGGCAAGCUACUCUUCAACUCGAUGGAAGCAGAAUUUAGUCUUACUCCAAGAAUCGAGCACUAUGGUUGCAUGGUUGAUCUGCUUGGGCGUGCUGGUCUCCUAAAUGAAGCCUACAGUAUGAUAGCAAGCAUGCCAGUGGAGCCUGACCCCGUCAUCUGGGGAGCCUUGCUCGGUGCCAGCAGCUUCCAUGGAAACGUAGAACUAGCGGAAGUAGCAGUAAACAAACUCAUCUUUCUCGAGCCACAAAACACUGGAAAUCUGGUGAUCCUGUCAAACAUAUACGCGUCGUCUGGAAAAUGGGACGGUGUUGCCCAGGUAUGGAAGUUACUCAAGGAGAAAGACCACAAGAAAUCAGCUGGGUACAGCUUCAUAGAGCUAGAUGGCAGGAUGCACAAGUUCCUUGUUGAGGAUAAGUCGCAUCCAAGAUUUGUGGAGGUGUACAGCACCCUUGACAGUGUCACAAUGCUCAUGAAGCUUGUCGGACUAGAAAAUGAGGAAGAAGCGGAACAGCUGUUUCUGUCACCUAUAGAGAUCUAA